AUGCAGUGUUCGUCAUCGAACGAGUUCUUUGUAACACCUACAUCGUCUUCAUCACAAUCUUCAAACGAAUCAAAUCCCCCUUCUCUACUAGCUGCAGUCCUCUCUACAACGUCAAAUGUUACAACGUCGAAUUCGUGUACUCCACAGAUAUGCCGUAGUGAGGCACCUCAAGCCUCAUCAGCCUCGCAGUAUGAACAUGUUACGGUCAUGACACAUUUGCAACAACCUCCUCUGUCUGAUGCACGUACCCAAUGCGCAGUUCGUUGUCCCAUCGAUACACCAGCCACUUCAUAUACGAAUAAUGUUCGUGGAGUGGGAUCAUUGCACGUUCACGCACCUUCAGCUAUAACGCAACAGGUGCAGUUAUCAGUUCCGGCAAUUACGGCGUCAUCGAUAUGUAAUCCUUCAUUUCGUGUCGUUACACAUCGUGCACCUUCUUAUCGAGGCAAUUCUUCACGCGCUCAUAAAACAUCUUUAUCAACAAUGUUACCAAUGAUGGGACGAGGUAAUGCAAAACAAUUGGCGAAUAUGACGGUGAUAGGUGACGACGGUCCGACGGUGAGGCAGCAUCUGCAACAACAACAGCAAAAAGCAAAAUUGCAGCAACAACUCGCACUCCAGGCAAAACAGUCCUCCCAACAACAGAUCAUCACAUGUGAACCUCAGCAGUCCAUCAACAAAGUGGCCAUUGAACAAUCAAACGAUGGUAUGCGAGCAGCUGCAUCAACGUCAACAGUACGUGAUACGGUCAUGUCGUCCGUAGCAAGAACCAAAACUGGUGCACUGUCGAGUGCUAUCCAACGCUCAUAUGCUCCUCGCUUGACGAGCACUGAACGACAGAGAGUUGCUGCUGAAGCAGUUCGGCAACUUCAGCUUCAAGAGAAUCACGAUUCAACUCAACAACGGCGACAACGGGGUCAGUCGCAACCAACAGUGCUGAGUGCUUUGAAUACAUCAUCGUCACCGUCUGUAUCCUUCCAACGAUCACUUCAGCAAACAAAUUUAACAACAUCCCAGUUCAUCCAGAAUGUGCAACAGCAACGCAUUCCUUUACAAGUUGCACAAACCGAACAACGUGGCAGUUCAUUGCAACAACCGACAUCCAUGGUGGACACACAAAGUACUACCACUAUUAUAUCGCCUGCACGGAGAACAUUCAUCAGAAAAAGGUCGCCUCGUUCACUUUCACAGGUUCAUGUAACGAUGCUAAGUGCACCCCAUAGCCAGCAGCCACAGCAGCAAAAUGCCUCGAAUACGGCUCCUCAGCAAGUGACAGUUACUGAAAAUGAUCGCAUUUUUCCUUUCCAAUCGUCCGAUACUAGUAAUGCUGGUGGUGCCCCUGCUGAGGUUUCCGAAUGUGGACAAGUGCAAGAGAAUUCAGCACUUGCACCACCUCCCCAAGAAAUUCGAUCUCACUUUGUGGCACAACAGCAACAGCAACAAGCAACUCGAACCCAAGAACCACAACAACAUUUCGUUGCUCAGAUUCAAGCUACAUGUGUUAAUGCUGAACUAACGGCAGCAGAUCAGCUUCAACGUCAGCAAAAACAAGUGAAUACUUGUGCAGUAAAUAGCACUCGUCGACCACCUCAGAAAGGAACUGUCUUGGUAUCGGCUACCGUUGGUGCGGUUAGUCAACCGUCGAAUACAAUCGUCACUCAACGUCAUGGCUCAUCGGUGCUCAUCACACAUCAAAAACCGGUCACUAGCGCUCAUUUUGUUCAUCCCCAUUCAGGGAAUGUUUGUAAUCAGUCAGUAGGCAGUAGUGGUAAUUCAACAUCGAUCCGUCAACGCAUCAGUCGACUACCCCCUCAUGUUCUACGACAGAAACAAGAGGAACAAAUGUAUUUACGCAAAAUGUACUUCUUGAAGCGAACAAUCAAAGCUCUCGUUUUUAAGAACGGAGCAUUGUGUGAUGAGGUUGCAAGACUCAAUCAGCGUAUACAAACGGUUACGGAUGAACGAAAGCAAGUCUUUGAAUUGAGUGGUGAAUUUGUUGUGUGCGAUGAGCAUUUUUUGAAGAAUUUGUCACAGGCAGCAGCAUUAGCGGCGAAGUUGAGUGCGUUCCAAAGCACACCCAUCUCUGUGAACGUUGAGUUAGAAUCUGAGUCGUUAGAGGCUCGCCCAGAUACCAAUGAUCUGGAUGAUAACGAGAACGAUUCCGAGAAGAGUGCACCAUCUUCUAGUUGCUCACCAUCUCCGAUCACCAGUAAUUCGGCGUCCCGUGUAGCCACUCCGGAGUCAAUACGGCAGUCGGAAAGCGGUAUGAUGCUAACAACUCCAGCAACUCAGAAUGUCAGUCGAAGGAACCGAUGGAAAAAUCGAAGAAUGGAUCGCGCAUCGUCGACGAGAACUUGUUCUACUCGUAAAGGUAAACGAAGUACACCCAGCUGA